AUGUCAUCCUACAGCAGCCCCAGUCUGAGCGGCAGCUCCCGCUACGCACGCACCGACUCCUCCUCAUCUUACCCAUCGUCGCCCUCAACGUCCCCAGGAACCACCCCACCUUCCCCAUUCUCUGUCAAGCCUCCGUCGUCACCCAUCUCGCCCACGUUGCCAAAUGGCAACCCGCGCGCAUACCGCUCUAAGGCCUCACCGGGCGAGCGACCCCAGCCCGAGCGACAGGGCGAGGCCGGCCUAGGCGUCGACCCCUCCAUGCUCGUCGGCAAGACUCUCACCUGUGUACGUCGCUCGCGCGCGCACCCGACCGUCACCCUGCACUUCGCGGAUGGUGCGUCGUAUCAGGUGCGCGUCGUCGGCUACGACCCGCACUUCCGCGGAAUUCCCAAGAAGCUGGAGAGUGACUCGCCCGUGCUGAACCCCGUCGCGGGCGCGGUGGACGUCAAGCUCACCGUGAAGCAUGCAGCGAUGGUCACGCUUGCGGACAAGGCGUUCCAGGUGCAAGGUGGGGGAGGGAGCGGGAGUCCGGCGGGCGGGCCGGGGAAGGGCAAAGGUGCGCGUGAGUCGCGCUGGACGCAGAAGCACGCCGCGUUCGCUGUCAAGUUCGUCGAGGAAGCCGGCUGGCAUUGCGUGUGGGCGACGCUGGCGGAGUACGACGAUCAGAACCAGGAGACGUGCGUGUUCCGGAACUUCGCAGACGUGUACGUCGACUCCCUCCACCCACCCUCUGCCGUGCCUGCGAAUGCGGCUCGCGCCAAACCCCAUAACCGUUCCACCCCGCCUCGCUCGCGCAAUGCGUCUCCCGCACCAGAGCGUGCGCCAGCGUCGAGCCAGCCGCAGAAGAACCAGAAACCGAAGCGCAAGAAUUGGAAGAAGAAGGCAGACGCCCCGAAGUCUCGGUGGUGAACUUUGAACGCACCUCAUCCACGCUUAUCCACGACAUAAGGCAACGACCAGCAUGUGAUCUAUUGUGUAAAGGGGAGAAUGUUGUAACGUUUGUGUAACUGGAAGAAGAAGCACGAAGCCGAGCCUUGAUGGACUCUCGACUAUCUCCCACGCUGUAUCUAUAUCACGCUGUCUUUGUUAUCGUCGUCGCGCUGUUGUUGUCCAAUUAACGUUGCUGUACUCCUGCUAGCAGUUGUAGUACUGUACUUACCGUAUCGAAUGCAUACCGAACAC